AUGGAUCUAUUAGCCAUCACUCUCAUCACUCUUCUCUUCCUCACUCCCAAAGGUAUCUCCGGUUCUUCCUUCACAUUUGUCAACAGAUGCGAUUACACAGUAUGGCCAGGCAUUCUCGCAAAUGCCGGUAGCCCAUCUCUCGGAAGCACCGGUUUCGAACUUCCACAACAAACCACUCGCUCAUUCCAAGCUCCAACCGGUUGGUCCGGCCGGUUCUGGGCCCGAACCGGCUGCAACUUCGACGGAUCAGGCUCCGGUUCAUGCCUCACCGGAGACUGCGGUUCCGGCAUGAUAGAAUGCAACGGCGCCGGAGCUGCUCCUCCCGCCACCCUCGCAGAGUUCACUCUCGGAACCAUAGGACAGGAUUUCUACGACGUGAGUCUUGUAGACGGUUACAACCUACCCAUGAUCGUUGAAGGUUCGGGUGGGUCCGGUAUGUGUGAAUCAACCGGCUGUACGUCGGAUCUUAACCAGCAAUGUCCAGCGGAGUUGAGAGCUUCAGAUGGAAGCGCGUGUAAGAGCGCGUGCGAGGCUUUUGGUAGUCCCGAGUAUUGUUGUAGCGGCGCGUAUGGUUCACCGGCGACUUGUAGACCGUCUGUUUACUCGGAGAUGUUUAAGGCUGCUUGUCCUAGAUCGUAUAGCUACGCUUACGAUGAUGCUUCAAGUACUUUUACUUGUACUGCUGCAGAUUAUACCGUUACCUUUUGUCCAUCUUCUCCAAGUAAAAAAUCUUCACAAUAUCCAACCCCAGUGAGCUCAACAACGUUACCAGGGACAGGGACAGUGAUAGGGACUCCUGAGAUUGGAACAGGAUCCGAAGGUGGAGUGGAAUACACGGGUACGGGUGCGGGUUCAGACACACCCAUAGGCUAUUCUGUUCCUGUUAAUUCAGGGGCAGGAUCUGGAGGAGAAACUAUGCUUGCAGAUGGGACAUAUUUAGCUGGAUUAGCCAUGGGAGAUUCCUCUACAACAGCUUCCUCUGUGUUUCACUCUUUUGGCUUUUGGCUUGUUAUGUUCUUGCUUUAG